GACGAUGAUCAGCCGGCGGUUUGGGCUCGGGAGGAAAAGUCUUGCCUGAAGGCGCCCAUCCGUAGGCGGAACGGGAGGGGCGUGUAAUCGGAGGGAGGAGGGACGGACAACAUCUGUUAGCAAUAUGACCCACUUGCGCGUAAUUGAGACUUUUAGUCUCCGCCGAGGUUAACCCUAAGAAAUAAAGAGAACUUCCGCUGCGUAAAGCCCACUCGACCCGGAAGCAAAUACGAAAAAUACAACCCUGAACCUGUAUUCAUUCUGUAGGGGCGGGGGAAUUAAUAAGCCAGGAAGCCUAGACGGCUUCACUGGUUGCUAGGCGACGAAGCUAGAGAGCGCGGACAGCCGGCAGCCAGGCACCUGAGGAAUUCUGGCAGAAGCGCUUACUUCAAGGCCUAGGAGGACCAGAAAGCGCGCUGCGCCGUCCUGGAUCCUGGGGAAUCCUCCACCCUGGACAUCAUCCAAUAACGACUUAAGGGGGGUGUGGAGCUGCCCCCUCUGAAGCGACCAGGGACUGUUCGUCAUCCCCAUUUCGGAGGGCAGAAAUUCCUUCUGCCGUCAGAUGUCUUUCUGCUUGACUGAACUGCACCUGUGGUCAUUGAAGAAUACUUUACACAUUGCAGACAGAGACAUCGGGACUUACCAGUAUUACGACAAGAAAGACCCCCCAGUGACACAACAUGGUCACUUAGAAGCAAAGCAGAAGCUGGCCGAAUCACGAGAUUAUCCUUGGACACUCAAAAACAGGCGCCCAGAAAAGCUUCGAGACUCGCUCAGGGAGCUGGAGGAGCUGAUGCAAAGUAGUCAGUGUGUGCUGAGCAAAUGGAAGAACAAAUAUGUCUGUCAGCUCCUCUUUGGUUCAGGUGUGCUGGUGUCCCUAAGCCUUUCUGGACCGCAGCUGGAGAAAGUGGUGAUUGACAGAAGCCUGGUGGGGAAGCUCAUCUCAGACACCAUCAGUGAUGCUCUUCUCACAGACAGUUUUAUCAUCUUAUCAUUUUUGGCACAAAACAAGCUAUGUUUUAUUCAGUUUGCCAAGAAGAUCGUUUCUCCAGAUGUGAAUAAAAGACUGGAAAAACUCUCAGCCUUGGAUUAUAAGAUUUCCUAUUAUGAGAUACCUGGUCCCACGAACAGGACAAUUGAGCGGCAUCUAGCCAUAAGCUGUGCUCAGGACACAGUGCUUUGCUGGUGGCCCCUGGACACUGAUGGUGCUUGGCCUUGGACCCCCAUUUCUUCUGAGAAGGACAGAGCCAACCUACUGCUCCUGGGUCAUGCUCAGGGGAGACUGGAGGUCCUGAGUUCUACCCGCACCGAGUGGAACCCACUGGAUGCUCGCUUUGGCACCAAGCAGCCUUAUCAGCUGUUCACAGUGGAGUGCUCCCUCAGUGGGAACAAAGAGCCCAUGGUGGACAGCUGCGUUUAUGAGUAUGUUCAGAACAAGAUCCAGUGUGUGUCGGUCACCAAGAUCCCACUGAGAUCGAAGGCCAUCAGUUGCUGCAGGGAUGUUACUGAAGACAAACUGAUCUUGGGCUGUGAAGAUGCUUCGGUUGUUCUUUACGAAACGCACCGGGGAGUGACGCUCUUGGUCCAGGCGGAACUUUUGCCCUCAUUAAUAAGCUGCCACCCAAGCGGUGCCAUCCUGAUAGUUGGCAGCAACCAAGGGGAUCUGCAAAUUUUUGAUAUGGCUCUGUCCCCGAUUAGCAUACAGCUCUUGGCUGAAGACCGCGCACCCAAGGCAACGCUGCCAUUCCGUAAAUACUUUGAUGUUUCUAGCAGUCUGGUUCAAAUGCAGUGGAUAGCCCCUCAGGUGCUUUCUGGGAAGCCCGAGAGUGGGUGUACUUGCAAUCUCCUCUUCCUUAGGUUUGAUCGAGGACCGCUGGGUGUGCUUUUAUUUAAAUUUGGUAUUUGGGCCCAAGGACAGCUGAGCCUGGUGGACAUUAUCUUCCAGUAUAUUCGCUGUGAUGAGACCUGUGAGGCCGUCAACAUCCUGAGCAGCAUGAACUGGGACACCGUGGGCCCGCAGUGCUUUGUGGCCCUCAGUGCCAUUGUAAACCAUCUCCUUAGACAAAAGCUCACUCCAGAAAGAGAAGCACAGCUAGAGGCAAGCCUUGGAACCUUCUAUGCUCCAACAAGACCACUCCUGGAUACAACGAUCCUGGAAUAUAGAGACCCAAUCAGCAAAUGUGCAAGGAGAUUCUUCCACCACUUGCUCAGGUACCAGCGAUUUGAAAAGGCAUUUCUCUUAGCAGUUGACAUUGGUGCCCGUGACCUGUUUAUGGACAUCCAUUACCUUGCACUAGACAAGGGUGAGUUGGCACUAGCUGAAGUGGCAAGGAGAAGAGCUCGUGACGUUGAUGCAGAAUCAAUCACCUCUGGAGUUGAACUCCUGGGGCCCUUGGACAGAGGAGAUAUGCUAAGUGAAGCUUUUGUUGGUCUGUCUUUAGCAUCUCAAGAAGACACACUUCCAGAUAACCUUCCUCUGUCUGGUUCAAUCCAAAAAUGUGUCUUUCAACAAAGAACACUGAAUGGCUCUUCCAACAGACAAGUAACUGACAGAAGGCGUGAACUUGAAAAAGACAUCUGUGCUAGAUCUUCGAUGACUGGGACCUGUAAUACAGAAGGAGAACUAAAAGAAGACUACACAGGACAGGAAAUCGGAGAUAGUGGAUCUCUCAAAGUGGUGCACUUUGGUCUGGUGUGAAUAAGCUGCCUUGUUUCUUUACUUCAAAAAAACAUAUCUUCACCAUACUAAUUGUGGCAGUUAGGGUUUAAGAGUUGAGUCCAACCUGUCACUCAGGCAGUGGCCUGAUGAUACCUCUUUGAAGUAUAGCCUUUUUAUAAGAGAGACAAUGGGAAAUUCUCUUUCUCUCUCUGCUCCUUCACCCUCCCCCUCCUUGCUGGGACUCUGUCUGCCUCCAGGGGUAGCCCUAUGUGGGCCACUGACUCGCGGAACCAACCUGGGAGCUGUGGAAGCCCUACCACGUUACCACUGACCUUGGAUCCAAGCAAAGCUGCACUCACCAUCCUGUGCUCUUCUACUUCAUGUUUCUUCAUCAGCAGCCUGUAGCUGCAUGCGUCUGAAGAGGACUCUGGCUCUGACUUGUGUUGGACUGGUCUGGGAUGCCUUCUUGA